AUAAUUGAAUUCUAAGUUUUUCUGGGGAUAUUUUUCCUGCUUCACAACAGCGUGAUGAAAAUUAAGAAUAUAAUUUUACCUAUUCGCAAUCAGUCCUUUCUAACUUUAACUCGGACAUCCCUGUGAAGCCUGUAGUGUUGGGCUAUAUAUCUUGUUUGUAUUGGUUAAGGCUAUUAUAUGGACAACGUUGCGUCCUUUGUUGUUUGCGCUCAAGAAGACUGUAAGCUUAUUAUCGGUAAAAAGUAAUGGCAGAUCCUGUUAGUUAGAAUAUACACAAUGGUUUAGCAGUCGUAGUAGAAACUUUGGGAUAAUCAGAAGUGCAGCAAGCGUGCUUUUUCCCUAUUUGCUGCUUUAGACCAUGCAGGAUGCGUCGGGACCUGCUGUAAGCCAUCGAGCGAUGCGACUACCAAUGAUUGAGGCAUUUGUGAUGGGUAGAAGGAUGACCCAGUGAACCCCUGGAACAGUCAGGCCACUGCAGAGUCUGGCUGUUUCAGUGCUCAUCUGCUCCCCUGGUGGCAUGUGGAAACGUAUCCAAGUGUGUCCGAGAAUGAGGAUCAAAUACACCAUAUUUUUUGUGUUUGUUGUGGCCCUCGUCAUCAUCGAGAAGGAGAACAACAUCAUAUCCCGUCGUAACAUUCUCGUCUGUGUGUUCCGUAGGGUAUCGGACAAGCUCACCCCCCGCCAGACCCCCCAGACUCCCCUUCAGGCCAGCGUCGUCGCCUCGGCGGGAGCGUCGCCGCGCAAUGAGUCCCGGCUCCCGCUCCCCGGCCUGGACCCCGGCCUGCCCCGGCACAUGAAGCGGCGCCUGGAGAACUUCACGGAGCAGGCGGAGCCCGAGCGCCUCCCGUCGUGGGGCAGGAAGCACAUCCUGCUGCUGGCCACCACGCGCACGGGCUCCUCCUUCGUGGGCGAGUUCUUCAACCAGCAGGGCGGCAACAUGUUCUACCUGUUCGAGCCGCUGUGGCACGUGGAGCGGGCGCUCACCCUGGAGACGGGCGGCACCAACGCCACGGCGGCGGCGCCCGCCUACCGCGACGUGCUCCAGGGGCUGUUCCUGUGCGACUUCACGCCGCUGGAGGGCUUCAUCGACCCGCCGCCGGUCGACCACGUCACGCCGGCGCUCUUCCGCCGCGAGUCCAGCAGCUCGCUGUGCGACGAGCCCGUGUGCGGGCCGGUGGCCAAGGGCGUGUUCGAGCGCUACCGCUGCCGAACGCGCCGCUGCGGCCCGCUCAACCUCACCGCCGCGUCCGAGUCGUGCCGGCGGAAGGAGCACCGCGCCAUCAAGUCGGUGCGCGUCCGGCAGCUGGAGACGCUGCGGCCGCUCGCCGAGGACCCGCGGCUGGACGUCAAGUUCAUCCAGCUGGUGCGCGACCCGCGCGCCGUGCUCGCCUCGCGGAUGGUGGCGUUCGCCGCCAAGUACAAGAACUGGAAGCGCUGGGCGGUGGACGGCGAGGUGCCCGCCGACGACGACGAGGUCCGCAAGCUGAAGGGCAACUGCGACAACAUCCGCCUCUCCGCCGAGGUGGGCCUGAAGCAGCCGGAGUGGCUGCGCGACCGCUACAUGCUAGUGCGCUACGAGGACAUCGCGCGCUUCCCCAUGCGGAAGGCCACCGAGAUGUACCAGUUCGCCGGCAUCCCGUUCACGUCCAAAGUCAAAGAGUGGAUACUGAAGAACACUCAGGCGUCCAAGGAGGUCAGCGGGGUGUACUCCACCCAGAAGAAUUCCUCGGAGCAGGUGGAGAAAUGGAGAUUUAGCAUACCGUUCAAACUAGCCCAGGUUGUGCAGAAGGUCUGUGGGCCCACCAUGAAACUGUUUGGGUAUAAAUUUGCUGAGAGCAAAGAGAUGCUAAUGGACAAGUCCAUCAGUUUAAUCGCGGAAAAGAAUUUCUCAUAAAACACAACCUUUUUUUUUAUUUUUCUUCAAGGAGUUGAAGCUAUCCUAGCUGAGGUUAUUUAACAAUUGUUUGGUAUUUAUUGAGAGCAACACAUGCUUGAUGCAGUGUUGUGUAUAACAUAUCUGAAAACUGUAAGGAGGUAGAUUUUGGGAUAUGGUUUGAUGUUUUUUGUAUUGUUUUAUCAAGUAACUGUGUCUGAAGAAUAAUUGCUGAAAUUAGAAUCGCUGAACACAAGAGUACUGGGUAUUUGGUAUUUUAAGAAAGAGGGAAACAUAACUUUAUUUAAGUGAUAUUUUUGUUACAGAGUAGUCUAAGGAUAUUGAUAUUGACUAUGUGGCUUGUGGUGACUGGUAUCUUUCAGUGAUCUCAUUAUCAUAUCAGAAAAACAAAGAACAAAGCGGUGCAUAUAUCUUUUUUGGAUAUGAGCAUUCGAGGGCCAAAGUGUUCUUAAGUGACGUGGAGAUUCGGUGGAGACAAGCUGCUUUUAGGCCGAAAGCAACGUGCAAAAGUGCAACCUUUAUACAAAAGUGCCAUUUUUUUCAAAGAUGAAUAAGGGAUAUCAGGAUUUAUCCUUCCAUCUUGCCAUAUAUGUCGGGAGUUGCCUUGCCGCUGUUUGACACUUACACACAGACAUGAAUUCUCUCUCUCUCUCUCUCUCUCUCUCUCUCUCUCUCUCUAUCUCUCUCACUCUCUCUCUCACACACACACAAAAUCACAAGCACGCUUAAACACACAGCUUGACCAACACUAAGGAAUGGUUAAUGUGUAGUUCAUUGAAAACACUCCUUUAGGACAGAGAUGUGUGUGUGUGUGUGUGUGUGUGUGUGUGUGUUUAUGUGUGUGUGUGUGUUUGUGUGUGUGUGUUCUACGACUGAGGUGGCUGGUGAGAGCCGCAGGUCCAUAUGGGGGUCUCUCCUCCCCUGUAACAACAGAUGUUUACAACUCCACCGAGUGCUCCUCUGACAUUCUUUCUGCAGCUGGCUUGCAGAAGCGUGUGACAUUUAUCUCCUGUUUGUCCCUGUUGACAGAUGUCUCCUGGCAAACGAUUAGAAGAGACUGGAGACUGUUUCUCUCUUGCCUUUCUUGUUCGUCUGCAGUGUAGCGCUACUGUUUCUCUUCUCUACAUACAUCAAUUUACACAUUCUGCCUUCAUUUUUUUUCUUUUUUUUUUUUUCUUUUAUGAGGUCACAGUUUUGACGCAUCUGGAUUUCAUUGCUUAUGAAAUUAAAUAUUGCUGAUGUCUA